CCAGACCGACUUCUCGGUGUGCGUCAGAUGGGCAGGCAGGGCGGCAGCCGCGAGGAGACCUGAAAAUUCCCGCAUAAGGAGAUGAGAUGAUGAAGGUUUAAGGGGGAGAUGGAAAGGGAGCAGGUGUGUCUGACAGGUAGAGAAAUGGGGAAUGCAACUACUACUUCGUGUAUGUAUGUGGCACACGCGUUGCUGGUUGUAUUUCUCUUGGGGAAGUUUGCUGCUUAUUGUUCGGGAGGAAUGACAGUGGGGAGGGUGGUGAAAAGGCGGUCACGGUUACGGUCACCAUCACUAUCAUUAUUCUUUAAAGCUUUGAUAGAGGAUUCUGAAGAUCUACUUCGGUUUGCGCCAAAGAUCAGUACAGAGACUUAGCAAUUGAAUCUCUAUCCUAGACUAAAUCAGCCUCUAGUUAGCUCCGGAUGAUAGAAGGAUGGACUCAAAACCCGGAUGAAGUAGCCAUUAGCCGGGAUGAUUUAUGCCCCUGGGGGGGUAAAUAUGCAGGUCAGAACGAAU